CUUAAAGGGGAAAAAUGUGAAGAACGGAAAUCCGUUUAGUGAUUCAGCCAGCUUGACUAGCUCUGAAGAGUGCCGUUUCUCCUGCAUCGACCUUGGCUAGCAAAGGAUGGCAGGGAAGGCGUGGAGGUCAGCGGUGUCAGCGGCAGUUGGAGCUUUGAAAAAAGAGACUCCACAUCGCAGGAUGUUUGCACGUCGGAUUCAAACUGUAACAUUAAUCCCAGGUGAUGGAAUUGGUCCUGAGAUCUCCUCUGCUGUUAUGAAGAUAUUGGAAGCAGCCCAGGCCCCUGUCAGGUGGGAAGAAAGAAAUGUUACAGCUAUCCAAGGGCCUGGUGGCAAGUGGAUGAUUCCUCCUGAUGCAAAAGAAUCAAUGGACAAGAACAAAAUUGGCCUUAAAGGACCUUUGAAGACGCCCAUAGCUGCUGGCCAUCCAUCUAUGAACCUGCUGCUGAGAAAAACCUUUGACCUCUACGCCAAUGUGCGCCCAUGUGUGUCUAUUGCGGGCUACCAGACCCCCUACACUGAUGUGGACCUGGUUACCAUCAGGGAGAACACUGAGGGAGAGUACAGUGGGAUUGAACAUGUGAUUGUUGAUGGUGUAGUUCAGAGUAUCAAGCUUAUUACAGAGCAAGCCAGCCAACGCAUUGCAGAGUAUGCUUUUGAAUAUGCAAGAAAUAAUGAGAGGGCCAGUGUUACUGCUGUUCACAAGGCCAAUAUUAUGCGCAUGUCAGAUGGGCUUUUCCUUCGUAAAUGCAGAGAAGCUGCUGAAAAACACAAAGAUAUAAGAUUUACUGAGAUGUACUUGGAUACAGUUUGUCUUAAUAUGGUGCAGGAUCCCACACAGUUUGAUGUGUUAGUGAUGCCAAAUUUGUAUGGAGACAUUUUGAGUGAUCUUUGCGCUGGACUUAUUGGAGGUCUCGGAGUGACACCUAGUGGAAACAUUGGGACCAAUGGUGUUGCUAUAUUUGAGUCGGUUCAUGGAACUGCACCAGAUAUUGCAGGAAAAGACAUGGCCAACCCCACCGCCCUGCUGCUCAGUGCAGUCAUGAUGCUGCGGCACAUGGGUUUGCACAGCCAUGCCAAGAAGAUUGAAAUUGGUUGCUUUGACACCAUACGAGACAAAAGGGUUCUAACUAAAGAUCUGGGAGGAAACUCAAAGUGCUCAGAGUUCACUGAAGCAAUAUGUCAAAGAGUGCGGGACAUGGACUAACAAGAUGCCAGAGCUAGGUGUUAGGGUUUUGAUCUCUUGAUUCCAUCGUGUUAUAUUGGGUCUGCACAUUUUAAAACAAAAUAAGUAUUUCAAAAAGACUCAGGAAUUCAAGAUCCUGAAUGUUUUGUCUUCUUUCUGGACACUCCAAAGCACUAUCGUACAAUUAUGGACCUAAGUCUAUUGCAGAAGAGAUGUGCAUUUUAUUCUUAUAAUGUCUGUGUUUGAUAUUGUUUAUUUAUUGGCUGAAUUAAGCCUCUCGUCUUAUUUAUUUGGCAUUGUGAUUGUAACAUUAAAUGCACAUUCCAUUAACCACCACAAGCACCAGCUGUCAAAAAGUCUUAGUUUUUGUGAAUUAAAAAAUGUCCCUAGGGCUUGAAUCUCAAACUGACAUUGCAUGAAAGUUGCAGAUGUUACUUGUUUGUUUCAUGUCUUACUGUUUAACGUGCAGAUAUGUAUGUAUACUGAAAAGAAAAAAUAUAAAUACAGUGA